AUGACGUCCAUGUUUUUAAUUCUGACAACUGACCAGCAAUUCUCAGGAGAAAUCUACCAAGAUCAAAGCUUCAUGAGAAAGCUUCAUGCACAACUUGCUUUCCUUAAAGUGAGAGCAGCCACCAUCAUGGCAUUUCUAAAUUAUUUUCAAGACCAAGUACCACAUGUUACACAAGCACAUCCAAAGAUGGAGAGAUUACUGCACAAUCUCCAGGCAAAUACCAGCCUGGAAGAAGAUCUUUUGUUUUGUUCUGAGCAAGGUUACAAUUUCACGUGCCCUGAUAAGAACAGAUUUGCCUCUUCAGUUCAGCCUUCACUGCUGCAUAUUCCAAAUUGUAGAGGUAUUUCAAGAAGGAGUAGAGACAGUUUUAAAGUUUCUCAAUCAGAUUCAAUUGCUGGAUCCAAGAAAUCUUAAUGAUGUGGAAGGCGACUUCACUUCCAUCUAA